AUGGAAGAGACCCAUGAAUUUCCAUUAAUUGAAAGAAGGGAAGAAGACAUAGAAGAUGAAUUGGUGAGUAAAGAAGAGGUAUUUGAUGAAGCAAAGAAGCAGAUAUACUUGAUAGGUCCACUAAUAGGUGUAACAAUCUUACAGUUCAUAGUGCAAGUUAUAUCAAUUAUGUUUGUUGGUCAUCUUGGGAAGCUGCCCCUCUCUAGUGCUUCACUUGCCACUUCCUUUGCUUCUGUUACUGGCUUUUAUAUCUUGCUAGGCAUGAGUAGUGCUUUGGAGACACUCUGUGGACAAUCUUAUGGAGCUAAAAAAUAUUCGAUGCUUGGCAUUUAUACACAAAGAGCCAUGACAACCCUUCUUGUGUGCUGCAUUCCACUAUCAGUUAUUUGGUAUUACACUACUGAUAUCCUAAUUUUCUGUGGCCAAGACCAUGAGAUAGCAAAGGGCGCAGGAACUUUCAACCAGUGGAUGAUCCCCAGCCUAUUUGGAUAUGGCCUAUUACAAUGCCUGAUUAGAUUCUUUCAAACUCAAAAUAUUGUUCUUCCUAUGGUCAUAACAUCCGGGAUCACAGCAAUUCUACAUGUUUUGGUGUGUUGGAUUCUUAUUUUUGGACUUGGAUUCGGCAUUAAAGGAGCUGCUUUGGCAAACAAUGUAUCGUAUUGGAUAAACUUUUUCUUAUUGGCAAUUUAUUUGAAGUUUUCUUCUGCUUGGAUGAAGACUUGGACUGGGUUUUCAAAGGAAGCAUUUCAUGACUUAUGGAAUUUUCUUAAGCUUGCUGUUCCUUCCACUUUUAUGAUUUGCCUCGAGUACUGGUCAUUCGAAAUGGUUGUACUCCUAGCAGGUCUUCUACCAAAGCCAAAACUUGAGACAUCUGUAUUAGCAGUAAGCCUAAACACAUGCUGGAUGGUCUAUAUGGUAUCUGUUGGCCUUGGCAGUGCCUUAAGCACAAGAGUAUCAAAUGAAUUAGGGGCUGGGCGUCCACGAGCUGCUCGGUUAGCCCUUUUUGUCAUGGUUAUAAUGUCAGUUUUAGAGGGCUUAGUAGUGGCAAUGGCUACUAUUUUAGUACGCUACUCUUGGGGGAGACUGUAUAGCAAUGACAAGGAAGUCAUUAGCUAUGUGGGAAAAAUGAUGCUGCUGCUUGCAGUUUCGGAUUUCUUAGACGGCUUUCAAUGUGUACUGUCUGGAGCUGCAAGAGGAUGUGGUUGGCAAAACAUGUGCUCAGUCAUAAAUCUUGGAGCAUAUUACUUUGUUGCACUCCCUUGUGCUUUGCUCUUUGCAUUUGUUCUGCGUAUUGGAGGAAUGGGACUUUGGAUGGGAAUAAUAUGUGGCCUACUAGUCCAAAAUAUAGUGCUUGUUAUUGUAAAUGUAUUUACUGAUUGGAGAAAUGAAGGAAGCAAAGCUUUGGCUAGAGUUUAAUGUUGCAGUACACUUAUGAAGUUGCGCUUAGUGUUUGUAACCAAUUGCAUAUCCUACCCUAUUUUUUGGUGGUCAUUUGGUUUAUCACAUUUGUCUAUUCUA